CCCAGACCCACAGUGGGCCAUCGCCCAUUGCCAUUGCAUGGACCCACCAUAUCCCUGCCGCCAUCGAGAGCUCUCUGCCCCGCCAAAGCUGCCCUUCAGUCUCCUGACCAUCCACCAUCCCCCGAGCUGUUCCUUCGUCUCGGGACGUAUAAGACUUGUGGCACAUCCUCCGUUUCCCGUCUAGCCAGAUCGACAUUCUUGAAAGUCUAACCAUCUGACGCCUUCGCGAAGUUCAUCGCCAUCCCCCAACAUGUCCAGCGACACUCAGAGCAUCCCCAAGGGCAAGGGCUCAGAGACACUCAAUGGCGGUUUCAAGCCUCAGGGCAACAUGGUAGCUGUGGUUCCUCCCAAGCCUGAGGAUUUGCAGAGAAGCUAUGCCACGGUCGUCGACGCAAAUGCUAACCCCAAGGGCUGGUAUGGCAGCAUGGUUAACGGCAUCGGUACUCUCAUCGGCACCCUCGGUGCAGUCCCAUGCUGCGUCUGCUGCCCCAACCCAUACAAAUCCGUCGGCCAAGGCCACGUCGGUCUCGUCACCAAAUUCGGCAAGUUCUACAAGGCUGUCGACCCCGGUCUCGUCAAAGUCAACCCCUUGUCCGAGAACCUCAUCCAAGUCGACGUCAAGAUCCAGAUCGUCGAAGUCCCCAAGCAAGUCUGCAUGACCAAAGACAACGUCAGUGUCCACCUCACCUCGGUCAUCUACUACCACAUCGUAGCCCCCCACAAGGCUGCCUUCGGCAUCACCAACGUCCGCCAAGCCCUCAUCGAGCGCACCCAAACCACCCUCCGCCACGUCGUCGGCGCCCGCGUCCUCCAAGACGUCAUCGAGCGCCGCGAGGAACUCGCCCAGUCAAUCGGGGAAAUCAUCGAAGACGUCGCCGCCGGCUGGGGUGUCCAGGUGGAGAGCAUGCUCAUCAAGGACAUCAUCUUCAGCAACGAACUCCAGGAAUCUCUUUCCAUGGCCGCCCAGUCCAAGAGGAUCGGUGAAAGCAAGAUCAUUGCCGCCAAGGCAGAGGUCGAGGCUGCCAAGCUGAUGAGGCAGGCGGCUGAUAUCUUGUCUUCCGCCCCUGCCAUGCAGAUUCGCUACCUGGAGGCGAUGCAGGCCAUGGCCAAGAGUGCGAACAGCAAGGUUAUUUUCUUGCCUGCUGCUAAUCAGACUAUGCCGAGCACCCAACAAUUCGAGAAUUCGCUGGCUGGGGGGUCGGGAAACAAGAACUACAACACUUUUGACGAGGGGAGCAGCAGCACUGAUCCCGGCUUUCAGCAGGCGAUUAAUGCCCGGAUUAUUGAGAAUAUCUGA